AAUGGUAAAAGUCAUAUUCAGUAUUUAUGCGUCAACCCAAAUCUAAUCUGAGUAUUUAUACAACGUUUUUGCCUCUUCUUCUCUUCUGGAUACUCAGCUUACAAGGAAAUAAACUGGGAAAACCAUUAUGGUUAGUAGACGUCAUUUACCAGAAGAUGUAUUAAUGGAUGUUCUAUUGAGGUUGCCAGUGGAAUCACUUCUGCGUUUCAAAUGUCUGUGCAAACAUUGGUAUGCUCUCAUCACAAGUCCGAGUUUUGUAGAAGUGCAUUUUAGUCACAAGCGCAAUCAUGCCCGUCUCCUCAUUUGUAACUUAACAAUAUCGGAUAAAUCAAUGAACAUUGCUUCUUCCUUGCUCCCCGCCAAAAUAGUUCAAGGUGUUUCCCCUGUACAAAAAAUUGUCCAUCAGCUUCAGAGGGUCACUGAUUUCAUGUCCAUUAUUGGCCCAGUUGAUGGCCUAUUCUUGGUGGAAAACGCAGCGAUUUUUGAUGAAGAUGAUGUUAGCUUGGCUCUGUGGAAUCCUUCCACCAGAGAGUUCUGGCCUCUGCCCCCUGUGUCCUUUGAGCCUCAGCCAUUCAAAGAUCAUGAUAAUCAGUUUGCAUUGGGGUUUGACCUGUUGACUCGAGAUUAUAAGGUUCUAUGGAUUCGAACAUUUUGGGAUGGCUGGGGACUGGGCGUGUCCCCUAAUUGCGUUGUCAGUAUCUAUUCCUUAGGCAACAACUCGUGGAAGAACCUGAGACCUGAUUUCCCUUACUGUUGUAACUUACACGAGCAAAUCGGUGCUACAUAUCUCAACGGGGUAUAUUAUUGGCUCUCUGGGCGUCUAGACAAUAUCUUCCGCAUAUGCUCGUUUGACAUGGGCAGUGAACAGUUUGGGGAGAUACAAGGCCCAGAUAUUCCAAAGGCACAGUGGGGAAAGCUCAUGUUGCGUGGUGAGUCACUUGCUAUGUUAGUUGCUGACAACCCUGGAAUACCAAUGAUAUCCAUAUAUGAUGUGUGGGUAAUGAACCAAGAGGUUAGUUGGACCAAAGUUCUUCGUGUUCAACCUCAAAUAGUUGCUCAUUGGCCUCGUAACAUCUGGGAGGAUGAUAAGAUGAUUUUCGAAAUCACAGAAACUUCACAGCUGGUGCUAUAUGACCCCACAACAAGACAAGUUAUAGAUCUUGGAUUUCAGCUGGACCUAAUCAUGGGUCGCUCUUGGGUUUUCAAUUACAAGGAGAGCCUAGUUCAAAUAAAUAGAAUAAAUGACAGCCAGGGCAAGGAUAAUGUUGUCUUGCAAAUUGAACAAUCUUAUUAGUUCAGUUAGUAGGUUGGUUACUUGAACUUUCACGUUGUUGGUGAGGGUUUGAUUCACCACCUUGGAAUCCUCUCUCCUAUUUCCUCUUCUCCUACCCUGAUAUUUUUUUUAAAUAAACACUUCUUCAAUAUCAUACCAAUAGAUUGGAGGCCUCUGCUGACUGUUAGAGGUGCAGACUAUUCGGAUUAAUAGGUCUGGUACAGUGGAUGGUUGGUUAUUGUUAUCUAUUUAAACAUCAAUAUGAAUUACUUUUUGGUUUUA